UCCCCUUGUACCAGCAUGGGCUCGCCGUCUCGCGAGGGUGUGCCUCAAUAGUUCGGCUGUUUGCCAAGUUCAAAAGGACUUGGUUUCCUCUCUCCUUUCUGACGUGCCGAUGCAAGCACUGCCUGUCUUGAGUCUCCUUGCUCAAUUCUCCUCCGGAUCUUUCGUAGAUAACCCAUCCACAACUUUGCUUGCAUCAGUGCUCCAUCCAUAUUCGAGACAUCUUGUCCCCACUACCUCUCACCGCUAUGCUGUCACUGGCGUCUCUUCUUAAUCCUGCCCCUCCGGGGCCACCAAUCAACCGAUUUCCUCCAAGCCCAGCCUCGUCGUCGUCCCCAACAGCUUCUCUACCGGACGAGUCGGGUCUUCUGGAUGAGCCCAUCAUGGCCAGACAGAAGAUACCGAAGGGCACAGCAACUCUACCUACGAGCAGGCCCAAGGGAACCAUAAACUUCGCCGCAUACCAGAGACUUGAUGAGGCCUCGCUCCAGCAAGUUCGAAAAUUCCAGGUUCAUCCCUUUGGGAACAUACAGGACCAUUCCCGUCAUAUCCCUUAUAAUAGCACGAAGAAGGAUUUCUUCGAGAAGACUAGUCGAGAAAGCUUCGAAGUCUUCCAAUAUGACUUCAAAGUCCCCGGAGACGAGGCCGAGUAUACCGUAAUGUGGGAUUAUAACGUCGGUCUCGUCCGCAUGACCCCCUUUUUCAAAUGCUGUAAAUACCCCAAGACAACCCCAGCUAAGAUGCUGAACCUGAAUCCCGGGCUGAAGGAAAUCACGCACAGCAUCACCGGAGGUUCUAUUAUGGCUCAAGGCUAUUGGAUGCCAUAUUACUGUGCCAAAGCCGUCUGCGCAACCUUCUGUCACAAUAUUGCAGGGGCCUUAAUUCCUAUAUUUGGCCCCGACUUCCCUUCGCGCUGCAUACCUCCAGAGGCACCAGAAUACAGUCGCAUGAUCAUUGAUCCAGCGAUCGUAGUCCAGGCAACCAGGGACGCAGAGCGCUUCCGUCGGUUAUAUACCAACUCGAUUACUUCCUCCGAUAAUGGCGGAGGUAGAGUCAGCCCUCCAAGAGAUCGGCGGCCUUUGUUCCGAAGCCCUUAUGACGACCCCAGGCAAAGUCAUCAACACUAUCGCCGCCAUCUAGUACGAAAGCCUUUCGCAGUGCCCACCGGUUGCGACAGCCCAUACGCUACGGACACAGAUAGCGACAUGUCCCCCGUAGCCCAGGAGCGGGGCGGAAUGAUCCAUCGCGAUCGCUUUCCAUACUCGCCGAUGGCGCCACCGCCGCCGCCACCACCAUCUCUAGUAACUCCGUCAUUCCGACCUACAAGCAGCGGUUGGACGCCUGCAAAUGUAGUGCUACCGCACCAUUACGAAGCGCCCGGACCCAGCCCCUGGCUAAGUGCUGUCCCGCGCUUCACAACAACGGCCCACCUACCCCCUUACCCAUCUCCACACACACUCUCUCAACCUCAUCCUCAACCCUGGCGAGGGGGAAGCAAACGAUCAGCCGACCACGUCGAGACCGAAUUCGAGUACGAAAAUAAUCGCGAUCAAGGAAGAGCUAGUGAAAAUAGCCGGACACCGACGACGACGAGUCCGCAUAAGAUAUUAGCACCAACGAACCGCAACGACGAUGGCUAUGAGAAGAAUAAUAAUAAUAAGCUAGCAAUAGAUCCAACAGCAGUUCUCGGGGCGGACAAGAACGCGGCGUUGCUCCUGAUGAACCUCAGUGUUAGGGACACGCGAGCCACCGGUGGCAGCGGCGCAGGCGUGACAUCCGAGAUGAGCUCUCCGUGCGGCGGGGAGUUUCCGAGGAUCAAAAGGGUCAGGGCUAAUUCGAUGUAAGUAUCUAUUUAUCAGAAGACGCGAUUAGAAGCGGGGAGACAAUACGUGUUCACGAUGUCUUUCAAUACUGGGGUCUAGAUAGACGGAUAGCUUCGUUUCGCAACGGAUAGAUGGGUUGGUCGGACCUAAAACUGGGAGGGCUCUGUUGAUGACACGGAUAGCUGGAGUUUGGAUCUGUUGGCAUCAAAAUUGGGUAGGGUGGCAAUCUACAAGCAUCUAGAUAGGCGGGCCAUAGUCAGUUUACCCUACUGUUAGUCGAUAUCGCAUGAAUUUAAAAGAAAACUGAACAA